GGUUUUUCUUCCUUCCAGCAUGCCUUGCGCGGCAGUGGCGUUGACGUCACCGCCGCCCGGUCCCCGCCGCCAUUGGAGUUGGAAGGCUCCUCCGGCUGGUAAAACAUAGUGCUGCUGCCUUUCUUCUCAAGCAGCUCCCUCAUCGGCCUCCCGGGGAAAAAAAAGGAUAAGGAGGGAACGGCGGAAGGGAUUAUAUUCCCCUCAGGGCCAGAGAGAGGGAGGCGACUGCACGGCGCCGGCAGCAACGGCAGCAACGGCAGCGGCUCCCCUCAGCCUGUGUGUGUGGAGGCGAGCGAUGUGAGGGAAGGAACGAGCGCGCGCACGAACGAGCCAGCGCGCGCACGCGCGGCUCUCUUCCCCCCAUUUUCCCUUGACCUCGAGCUCUCCCCCCGUUUCCCUUUUUUUCCUGUCUCUCUCUCUCACGACGCGCGUGCGCACCCCCUACCCCUGCCAGCCUCCCUCCCUCCUCCCGGGAAAAGCGAGAAACGGGAGGGGGGAGCGCGCCCACCCACUCACGUUCCAGUGUCUCUCUGUGUGUCUCUCUUCCACACAUACAUCCCCCUUUCUCCCACCCUCCCCCUCUCUUGCCCUCUCCCGUGCUUGGCCUCGCCCCUUCUUCUUUUCCUUCUUCCUCCCCUCCCCGCUUCCCCCCCCCCCAUUUCAGGGCGCAUGAGAGAUGUCUGCCACCAGCGUUGACCCCCAGAGACCGAAAGGACAAGAUAAUAAAGUGCAAAAUGGUUCUCUUCAUCAGAAGGAUACAGUUCAUGACAAUGAUUUUGAGCCUUACCUUUCUGGACAGUCAAAUCAGAAUAACAGCUAUCCAUCAAUGACAGAUCCCUACCUGUCCAGUUAUUAUCCACAUUCUAUUAGCUAUCCCUACUCUCUCAGUGAAGCACCGUGGUCAACUGGAGGAGACCCUCCUAUUCCAUACCUCACUACCUAUGGACAGCUCAGUAACGGUGAUCAUCAUUUCAUGCAUGAUGCUGUUUUUGGACAGCCUGGUGGACUGGGGAACAACAUUUACCCGCACAGAUUUAAUUUUUUCCCUGAAAACCCACCUUUCUCAGCAUGGGGAACAAGUGGGUCCCAGGGGCAGCAGACUCAAAACUCUGCAUAUGGGAACAGCUACAGCUAUCCACCCAGUUCUCUUGGUGGAACUAUUGUGGACGGGCAGACAGGAUUUCAUAAUGAUACCUUAAAUAAAGCUCCUGGGAUGAAUAGCAUUGAGCAGGGAAUGGUUGGACUGAAGAUUGGUGGGGAUGUUACAGCUUCCGCUGUGAAAACAGUAGGUUCUGUGGUGAACAGUGGUGGGAUGACGGGUGCUUUGUCUGGCAAUUGUGGAUCAAGUAUAAACUUGCCAGUAUCUAAGCCAACCUCUUGGGCUGCUAUUGCUAGCAAACCUGCAAAACCUCAGCCCAAGAUGAAAGCAAAGAGUGGGCCUGUGAUAGGAGGAGCUUUGCCUCCACCACCUAUUAAACAUAACAUGGACAUUGGCACUUGGGACAAUAAGGGACCUGUGCCCAAAGUUCCAACUCCUCAGCAGAUCCCUUCUCCUCAAUCAGCCCCACAGCCUCAAAUUAUUCAGCCUAUUCCUGCCCAGCCACCUCCACUGACCCAGAUGCCAUACCAGAACCCUCAGCCACCCCCAUCUCAAAACAGGUGGGUGGCGCCUCGUAACAGAAAUUCAGCUUUUGGCCAAAGUGGAGGAACUGGUAAUGAGAACAACUUGCCUGGCAAUACCCCAGCAAACUCCAUCCCAGGCAGUGAUUCUCACCCUGUUCUUGAAAAACUGAAAGCUGCUCACAGUUAUAACCCUAAGGAUUUUGAAUGGAACCUUAAAAAUGGACGUGUGUUCAUAAUAAAGAGUUAUUCUGAGGACGAUAUUCAUCGUUCUAUUAAAUAUUCCAUUUGGUGCAGCACAGAGCAUGGCAACAAGCGUUUGGACAGUGCUUUCCGCUCUAUGAAUAGCAAGGGUCCAGUCUACUUACUCUUCAGUGUCAACGGCAGUGGACAUUUCUGUGGAGUGGCGGAAAUGAAGUCACCAGUAGAUUAUGGCACCAGUGCUGGUGUCUGGUCUCAGGACAAAUGGAAGGGGAAGUUUGAUGUCAAGUGGAUCUUUGUGAAAGAUGUGCCCAACAACCAACUCCGACACAUCAGGCUGGAGAACAAUGACAACAAACCAGUUACAAACUCCCGUGACACUCAGGAGGUGCCCUUAGAAAAAGCAAAACAAGUGCUUAAAAUUAUUGCUACAUACAAGCACACAACCUCCAUCUUUGAUGACUUUUCUCAUUACGAAAAGCGGCAGGAGGAGGAAGAAGUGGUGCGGAAGGAACGUCAGAAUCGAAAUAAACAAUAAGAAUAAACAUAUAUAUGGUUUGCUAUAAAUAUAUAUAUACUAGAACUGAUAUUAAAUUUGAUUAUGAAAAAUCAAACCUUUUUAAAAUUUGUCCUGAUGCCACAUUCUGGCAUCAGGAGACUGUAAAGCUUUCAGCUCCAAUAUCUUUUUGUGCAGGAGAAACUAAAUUGUUGCAUCUUUUAAGUACAUUGUAGUGUGUGUGUGGUUUUGGUUUUUUUUUGCCCAGGUGAAUAUGCAUUAAUUUGUAUCUUUCCUAUGUAAAAUGCUGUAGAAUCCAUUAAUAAAAGUGUUUUCCUGUU